AUGAUUAUCAACAUCCUUCUCGUAAUUGCUGGCACUAUGGCUGGGCUGACUGAGGCGAAUUACAAAUAUUACUGCAAUUUUGCAGACGAUUUGUCAGCUAAGUGCCUUGGUAAAUAUGAUAAGUAUUCGAUACGCGUGAUUUCGGAGCACAAGGCGAUAGAGAGCCGUCGCCGCUCGCGUGAUCUGGUCGAGUACGUUACUGAGGUGUGCCCUGUCGGAAAGGCCGUGGAGGGUGGGGCACAGGGCUCACUACAGAUGAGCAAUGAGGAGCAGUGUGACAUUCCCGUCUUGCGAGGUGCAACCAUAAAAUACGACAAAACCCCAGGGAGCAAGCUUCUUGGUAGAUCUACAACAUACAACGUGUUCUACCCUGAUGAUCAGGGCCUAGCCAGAUCAGGGCCUGAUCUGGCCAUGUCGUACCGUUUCGAUAUUCUCAAGCCCAUUCCGAUGGCUGGUCUGGAUCUGUCUCACAGUUCACCUGGGACGUCAAUUUUUGCGACUUUUACGAGCCACAAACCCCAGCGUUGGAAAGUGGAGCUGAUCAGUCAUCCUGUUUUAAGGGUGGAGGCGAAAUUCUACUUGGAAGAACCUCACAGCCGCUUCACUGAGCUGAAGUUGAUCGCAGUAGAUAAUGGAAUAAUGAAGCUCACAUAUACUGGACUGAACAACACCUCGGCACCGGUACAAGCUUUCUUCUUCCGAUUACCUUCUAAGGAGCCUCUAUAUGGGCCGGGCCCAUAUUAUGGGGUGAUGAUAACUUAUAAGACUGACCCCAUUAUGUUGUUCGAUAAAAGAAUGCCUGUGAACGGGAGGUAA